AUCACGCAUACCUUUGAUUGGAAAUAAGUUUGUUGCGGUAAAACUGUGCGUACGUUAAUUGUUCCCGUACUUUCGUAAUAGCGCCCUCUUGUGAUAUGGUGCAUUUUGUAAGGUCAAAGUGUAAAUUCUUCAUGAUUCCGAUGAUUCGUAAACAAUGAACGUGUACCAAAUUUAUCUCCCCAAAUAAAUGUAAAAUUAUCAGGUUUUCUAAGUCCCAAAUGUUGUAGUUUCGGAUCCAACACAAUCGUGAACCACCACCACCACCACCUCCAUAAGAACCAAAUACAGCAGCAAUAAAGUACAUGCCUCAGGGUGCGUUCAGAAAGGGACCGAAUAAAAACACUUGUGUAGCAAAUGACGUUUGCAAGGCUACAUAAAAGUUCACGAUUUGGGACAUAGUUCUACAACUCAAUCAUGGCUGAGGCAGAUUCUGCAAAUAAUUUACCUGACAACGCUGAUGCGGUUAGUGAAGCCGGGUCAUCCAUUUCAAGAGCUAGCUCGAGGGUUAGCACAAGUUCAGUUUCCAGACGGAAAGAAGCCAAGGCCAAUCAGUUACUGGCACGCCUCAAAGCAGAGCAGUUGAAGAAGAAACAGGCAUUGGCGCAUGAGAAGCUCAAGAUUGAACAAAGGAUGGAGCAGAUGGAGGCGGAUGAUGAAUUGGAGCAAGCUGAGCAACAAGUACAGUUCUGGGAAAAUGAAGUUAGGACUGAGGAUGGUGUGACAGACGGUCCAUCCGUGAGAAACACGGAAUGGAAUUUAACCACCGCUUCAGAGUCCGCCGGGGUGACAUUACCUCAACAAGAUGUGUCUCCAUCCAGUAGUGACGAUGUCCCAGACAAAGUUGAUGGCAAAGCAGACCUCACAAAUCUUGCUCAGUUGGUUCAGGCCAUGACGUUGGCUAUCAAUACACCAAAACCAGAGCUGCUCUCCUUCAGUGGUGAUCCUGCAGACUACUCGGGGUUCAUCCACAAUUUUGAUGUGAAUAUUGCCAGCAAGGUUUCCGAAGACAGGGUAAAGUUAACUUACCUUAUUCAGUUCUGUAGAGGAAAGGCUCGAGAGAGUAUAGAGAAUUGUGUGCUGAUGGAGGAGAAAGCCGGGUAUAAGUUGGCGAAGGAAAUUCUUCGUGAUCAGUUUGGACAGCCACACGUCAUCACCCAAUCUCUCAUCAAUAAAGUCACCGAUAGACAACCGAUCAGGCCAAAUGAUGGUGCUGGACUGUGGGAGCUUGCUCGUCAGAUGAGGAAAUGCCAGGUGACUCUGUCGCAGAUUGGGUACUCAGCAGACAUGAACAGCUCCGACCGUCUCCUCAAGGUACAACGAUUGUUGCCGAUACAUCUUCAAUCCGAGUGGGCUAAACGAGCUCAGAUCAUGAUCCAGGGUAACAUGGAGCCUAACUUCUCACACUUGACUGACUUCAUCGAGCAAAAGGCGAAGAUAGCAAGUAACAUGUUUGGCCAGAAUAUUGGGACAAAUAUUCGAGCAGACAAGACAUCACAUCCCAGCUUCAAGAGUAAACCAGCUAAGGUUACCACGCUUGCUACUCAAGGCUCUAAUGCGGUAGGAGAGACAACAAAUGGACGAGGUCGUCCUCAGCGAGGAAACUAUGUGCCGAAAUGUCGCUGCUGUUCCCAAUCACAUACGUUGAAGGAAUGCAGAGAAUUCCAGCAAAGGUCUUAUGACGAUAGGCUGAAGUUCGUCCGAAGCAACAAGUUAUGCGACAACUGUUUCCGACCUGGGCACAUGGCUAAAGGUUGUAUGCUGAAAUCAACAUGUGAAGUCAGUAGCUGUACAUGGAGGCAUCAUACGCUGUUACAUCCUCCGCACAGAGAUGAUAGAGGUUCAAAGGGUGAAGGUGCCAAUUAUCCAAGUUCCAGUUCUGCAUCUGGGGCUGGGGACAAGAACCAGAGUCACACUACAAGCAAGCCAGAGAGCAGACAGCAUGGAAGUGUAAACGCAACUGCAGCUUCCAUGAACAGAGUGUGCCUAAGAGUUGUCCCAGUCAGAGUGCAGGGAAAGGACAAAGAAGUUCAGACGUGGGCACUGCUUGAUGGAGGGAGUGAUACAUCACUGUGCGAUAGAAGGUUGCUAGAUCAACUAGGCCUUCAAGGCAUAGAAAGGAACAUCACCCUCGCUACCGUCAAUGACGAGCACAGUGAGAAAACUGGAGUUGAAGUUAGCCUCACAGUAAAGGACUUGGAGGGACGUCAGAGUGUUGACCUUCCCAAGGUGUGGACUGUUGACAAGUUACCGAUCACAGACAGAAGUUUCCCAAGAGAAGAAGACGUAAGCAAGUGGCCACACUUACAGGGAAUAAGCUUUCCUAUGAUCAGUGAGCGUCGGGUGAUGUUACUGAUCGGGGGAGACACUCCAGAAGUCUUCUGGGUCCUGGAAGAGCGACGUGGCAAGAGAAAGGAGCCAUAUGCUGUACGAUCUCUUUUGGGAUGGACUUUGCUGGGACCUACAGCCACUAACGAGAAGCAGUUCAGUUUCAACGUAAAUCACGUUUUGCUUGAGGAUGACUUGCUGCUACGAACAGUUGAGAAAUUCUGGGAAACGGACUUCGGCGGCAAGAUGGCUGAUGGUGAAGUUGCUGACUCGGUGGAAGACAAACGAGCUAGGACCAUCAUGAUAGAAACUGUAACAAAGGUUGACGGUCACUACCAGGUUGGUUUGCCAUGGCGUUACCAGAGUCGAUGUUUGCCUGACAAUCGCCCUCUUGCAGAGUCAAGAUUACAAUCAUUGAAGAGGCGAUUUCAAAGAGACCCCAGCUUGUAUGAGAAAUAUAAGAAGACUCUUGAUGUCUACUUCAUGAAAGGUUAUGCCAGAGAGAUAUCUUCAUCAAGCCCCCAGGGUGUCAGGCCUGAGACUACCACUGAUGAGCAGCUUGCCAAAGGUGUAGAAACCGCAAUAACAGGACAGACAGUGUGGUACUUACCUCACCACCCAGUGCUGCAUCCACAAAAGCCAGGCAAACUUAGAGUAGUAUAUGACUGUGCUGCCAAGUACAAGGGUGUAUCGUUGAACGACCAGCUGCUUCAGGGACCUGAUUUUGCAAAUAAUCUAGUCGGAGUACUGACGAGAUUUAGAGAAGAGCCUGUUGCACUGGUAGCUGACGUUGAAGCAAUGUUUCACCAGGUUAAGGUGCCUGAUAAUGACAGCGAUGCCCUGAGAUUUCUCUGGUGGCCCAAUGGAGAUUAUUCCAAGGAGCCGACGGAUCAUAAGAUGCUGGUGCACCUGUUCGGUGCGACAUCAUCACCCAGCUGUGCCGGAUUUUGUCUCAGAAAGACAGCUGAAGACAACCGAGAGAACUUCGACAAGGAAACCGUCACCACAGUUCUCGAAAAUUUCUACAUGUAUGUAGAUGAUUGUCUUGUGUCAACGAAGACAGAAAGUGAAGCCAUCAGGUUAGCCAGUCAGCUUAUCCAGUUAUUAGCCAAAGGAGGAUUCAGGUUGACUAAGUGGGUAUGUAACAGUCGUGAUGUAUUGGUGACCAUUCCUGCUGAAGAGAGAGCUCCAUCGGUUGUUAAGUUGGAUUUUGAUCAUCUGCCAGUGGAGCGUACCUUAGGCGUGAGAUGGGAUGUUGAGGCUGACAAGUUUGGGUUCGAAGCAGCUGUGAAAUGCAAGCCCGCAACAAGGAGGGGUAUCUUGUCAACUGUAAGUUCAUUGUAUGACCCCUUGGGUUUCCUCGCACCAUUUAUCCUGCCAGUUAAAAUUCUUCUUCAGGAUCUCUGUCGUCAGGGGCGUGGCUGGGAUGAAAAGGUCGAGGAAUGCGAGAUGAUGAGGUGGAAGCGAUGGCUGGAUGACCUACCAAGGCUGACGUGCGUUACCAUUGAUAGAUGUCUCCAACCAAGGGAAUUCAGCGACAUAGUUGCCUUUCAGCUUCACCAUUUUUCUGACGCGUCAGAGCGAGGUUAUGCCGCUGUGUCGUACUUGCGUGUUGUUGAUGUGCAUGGAAAGAUCCACUGCGCAUUUGUCAUGGGAAAGGCCCGAUUGUGUCCAGUGAAACAGGUCACCAUUCCUCGACUAGAGUUGUCAGCUGCAGUUUUGGCGGUGAGGUUGAAUCAGCUGAUCCAAAGAGAUAUUAGACUGCCUAUCAUGGAGACAGUGUAUUGGACAGACUCCACGUCAGUUCUUCAGUACAUCCAGAAUGAGAGUCGCAGAUUUCACACAUUUGUUGCGAAUCGCGUUUCAAGGAUACAGAGUGGAUCUGACCCAUCCCAGUGGCGGUACGUGGACACAGCCAGUAACCCGGCGGAUGAUGGCUCACGAGGAUUGACUGCAGACGCCAUGAUCAAGAACCAACGAUGGCUGAACGGACCUGAUUUCCUGUUGAAGGAAGUACAACACUGGCCACUCCCACCUGUUGUAAUCAAGGGGCCCUACCCAGAUGUGCUACCCGAUACUCUGCAGAGUGAUCCCGAGGUGAAGAAAGUUGUCCAGUCUUACUCCAUAGUUGAGAAGGAUUGUGUACAGGAGUUCCUGAGUAGAUACUCAUCCUGGAGUCAAAUGAAGCGUGGAGUUGCCUGGUUGCUGAGAUAUAGAGACUACCUCUAUGCUCGUGCCAAGGGAAGACGGGAUGCCAGCGAAUUCUGUUGUAGGAGACUGUCUUUGUCAGAGCUGCAGAGAGCAGAGAGAGAAGUCGUCAAAUACACCCAGCGUCAGUCGUUCCGUAAGGAGAUUGCUGUACUUGAGGCUCAUGCAGAUAUAACCACCAAGAAGAGUAAGAAAGGUCCAAAUGCGCUCCACAAAUUGAGCCCCAUUUUGGUGGAUGGAAUUCUCCGUGUAGGUGGACGCCUUGAGAAUGCACCAAUCCAACAUGACAUCAAGCAUCCGAUUAUCCUGCCGAGCGAUCACCAGGUGACGAGGCUGCUGAUCGAACAUCAUCAUCUCAAGGUUGGUCAUUCAGGGGCAGGUAUGACAUGGACGUCACUAAGAGAGAGAUUUUGGAUACUGAAGGGAGGAUCUACAGUGAGGCGAGUGAUUGGAAAGUGUUUCCGUUGCAAGAAAAGAAAUGCACCCCUUUGUCAACAGCUGAUGGGUGAGCUGCCAGCAGAUAGAGUCACUCCAGAGAAGCCCCCCUUUACGUACGUGGGCGUGGAUUACUUCGGUCCACUUUACGUAAAACAAGGACGCAGCCAUGUCAAGAGAUACGGAUGUGUCUUCACGUGUCUUACCAUGAGGGCCAUACAUAUAGAAAUUGCUCACUCACUUGACACAGACGCCUUCAUAAACGCUUUGCGGCGGUUCAUCAGCAGGAGAGGUACACCAGAAAAGAUCAGGAGCGACAAUGGUACCAACUUCACGGGUGGAGAGCGCGAGUUGCGGGAGAGUAUUGCAUCACUGAACGAGCAGAAGAUUGGAGACUAUCUUCAUCAACGAGGAAUUGAGUGGCAAUUCAACCCACCAACGGCAAGUCAUAUGGGAGGAGUCUGGGAGCGGAUGAUACGCUCUAUUCGAAAAAUCCUCAAGAAUCUCCUUCAAGAACAGGUGGUAUGUGAUGAGGUGCUACUUACCGUGAUGGCUGAAGUGGAGGCUAUCUUAAACGCGAGACCGCUCACACAGCUCAGCUUGGACCCCCGUGACGAUGAGCCAUUGACUCCAAACCAUCUACUUCUGAUGAGACCAAGCUUCAAUGCUCCACCAGGGGUAUUUGUGAAGGAAGAUGGGUAUGGGCGGCGCAGAUGGCGUCAAGCGCAAUUCUUGGCAGACCAGUUUUGGAGGCGAUGGAAGAGGGAAUACCUACCACUUUUGCAGCAGCGUCAGAAAUGGACCCAGCCAAGACGAGACCUGGAGGUGAAUGACCUUGUGUUGGUUGCUGCUGACAACGAGCCCCGUGGACAGUGGCCUCUCGGUAGAGUGAUGCAAGUCUACCCAGAUAAGGAGGGACGAGUUCGCCAGGUCGAGGUGAGAGUAGGCACUAAGUACCUCAGGCGCCCCAUUGCCAAGCUUUGCUUCUUGGAAAGAGCUAACAGCAUGUGA